AUGACCACUUCAGAAGAUUUGUCUGCCUUGGUAAAUGGUACUGACAGCCCAGAAGAAAAGACACUGGAGAGUGAAGAGAAAUCAGAGGUUGAAGAGAAGCUUCGCGAGAGAGCUUCCAAACCUCCGCCCUUGAUAUUGUCAGAGCUUGAACUAGAGAAGCCCAGAGUUUCAUCCACACUUCCCAUCUUGACUCCGAAAGAACAACCUGCCCAAUGGGAGGGAUACCUUGCACGUAAACAUGAGCUAGAAGGACCUAAUAGGAAAGCAUCAAACAGGUCUUGGGCUACCUUAUAUUGUGCCCUGAAGAAUGGUGAGCUUUACUUCUAUAAGGAUACAAAGAAUUGUAGUGCAGGAGUAACGUACCAUGGUGAAGACCCCCUGAAUCUGAAAGGUGCUUUGUGUGAAGUGGCUGCUGAUUACAAGAAGAAAAAGCAUGUAUUUAAGCUGCGAUUGAACAAUGGCUCUGAAUAUCUGUUCCAUGGUAAGGAUGAGGAGGAGUUGCACAACUGGAUCCACAAUCUCAACGCAGCAAUAGCAGAACAAGACAAACCACAGAGUACAAGACACGGUGAAAUCAAGGCACAUACUCUACCUCUCCCACCUGUGAUCGCUCCAGAAACAAGUCCUGGCAAAAAGGACAAGGAGAAAAGAUUUAGUCUUUUUGCAAAAAAGAAAUGAUCAGUGUUAAAACAAAAAGAAAAAAAGAUGUUUAGUGCCUACAUUACAAAAUGGUGGCAGUGGUCAAACUGCACCAGAUUUUGGGGAAUGGGGGAAGAGCAGUUUCUCCAAAUGUAAAUAUAUAUUUCAUCUUUUUAGGAAGUGAUUAGAAAGCAUUUUUUUAAAUUUACCAAAACUCUGCAUGUCAUCCCAAACAAAAAAAAUGCCGAAAAUUAUUUUUUAAAUAACUUACAGUUUAACUUGUAUUUUGGUGAAACUGCAACAUUUUUUCUUUUCCGAAAUAAGUUCUUACAGUCCUUGCUAAUGGCCGAGAUAUGUAAAUCCAAAUUUAAUAGAGCUUUAAGAUCACGGCAAAUUACCCAGGCACCCUUUUGGUUCUUGAGCCAGCACAUUAGUGAUUUCUUGUAUUAGGCUAGUCUUUUUCACAUUCUGUAAAACAAUAAUGGAACAAUGGGACUCCAAUAACACUGUUUAAAUUAAAUUGCCACUACCAAAGAAUAUUUUUGAAAAAGAGUAUUUAACAAUUCUAAGCUGAGGUCAAUUUAUUUUCAAAGCAAAAAUGAAUUAUAAUGUUUUUGGGCAGGAAACUAUGUAAAAUUGAUAAAUGUUAAGUGGUUCAGCUUUGAAAUGGUUAAAAAUACCAAGUUUGUACUGUAUACAUCAAGUUGGAGGCAAUAUUCUGUACAUUUUGGCACAUGUUUUGUAGUACUGACGUAGAUUACAUUUUAGCAAAUUAAGGGUUUUUUAGAUUUGUAGAAGCUUUAUCUGGUCAAACUGCCUUCACGGUAAGAGUUAUUUUGCCCAAUGUGUAUGGUGACAUUGUAAAUGUGUUCAGGAGCAUUCAGUCUGUUGAUUAUUUUGAGCAAAAUCAAUCUGUUCCUUUAGGAAAUCUUCACCAACAUGUACAAUGUCAACACAUAUAUAUAUAUAUAUACACACACAGAUCAGAAAAGUCACUGCCUUUGCUUUUUUAGUUGUUGUUUGCAAACAAAGGGCUUUCUAUUAAAAAUACAUUCAUAUUUCUAUUAAUUACAUGAAAAGACACAACUAUUUGUUUUCAAGAUGUUAAACAUUUCCAACCAGUCAUUUUUGACUGAUAACUGAAGAAGCCCUUUAAAUAUUUCACUUGAGUUAUAAAUAUCACAUGAAAGAAAGUUGGGGAAAAGUCAAUGUAUACACAUAAAAGGUGCUUGCUUUUUUUUUUAUUUGAAUCAUUCUCUUUGUUCUAUAUUGUGUUUGGUUGAGAUUUUUCAUUUGACAGUUUUAUUUGAAAACACCAUUGGACAAAUGAGACAAGCUGUUUAGAUUGAUGUUAUAAUUUGUUUUUUUUUUGAUAGAAUGUUUGAAAUUCUGUGCUAUAUCAGAUUAAGCAAAAUCUGUGCAUAAUCCCUGUAAAGGUGCAAAUCUCAAAGGGGAUUUGUUCAGGUCAUUUCUUUUCUACAUUAAAAAUAUAGGUUAAAUGCUU